AUGAAGGUCACCACUGCUGUUGCGGCUCUCGCCGCAGGGGCUGUCGCUGCUCCCAGCGGUGACGCCCCUACCCCCGUGAAGAAGGUUGCUGCCCGGGCUUCCUGCGCCUCCGCCGUCACGCUCGACGCCAGCACCAACGUCUUCAAGAAGUACAAGCUCCACGCCAACACGUACUACCGCGACGAGGUCAACAAGGCCGUCGAGGCCAUCUCGGACUCUUCGCUGAAGGCCUCUGCCGCCAAGGUUGCCGACGUCGGUAGCUUCUUGUGGAUUGACACGAUUGCGAACCUCGCCAAGAUGGAGCCGGCCAUUGCCGACACCCCCUGCGAGGACAUCCUCGGUCUCGUCGUCUACGAUCUUCCCGGCCGUGACUGUGCCGCCAAGGCCUCCAACGGUGAGCUGAAGUACAACGAGCUCUCCAAGUACAAGUCCAGCUAUAUCGACGCCUUCGUCAAGACCAUCAAGGCUCACCCCAACACGGCGUUCGCGCUCAUCAUCGAGCCCGACUCCCUGCCCAACCUGGUCACCAACGCCGACCUGCAGACCUGCAAGGACAGCAAGAGCGCCUACGAAGACGGUGUUGCGUACGCCCUAAAGAGCCUUAACCUCCCCAACGUCGUCAUGUACAUCGACGCUGGUCACGGUGGCUGGCUCGGCUGGGACGCCAACCUCAAGCCCGGCGCCCAGGAGCUCGCCAAGGUCUACAAGGCCGCCGGUAGCCCCAAGCAGGUCCGUGGUUUCUCCACCAACAUUGCUGGGUGGAACGCUUGGGACCUGUCCCCCGGCGAGUUCUCCAAGGCCUCGGACGCCAAGUACAACAGCUGCCAGAACGAGAAGACGUACAUCUCCAAGUUCAGCGCCGAGCUCAAGUCGGCCGGCAUGCCCAACUACGCCAUCAUGGACACGGGCCGCAACGCCGUGACGGGCCUGCGCAAGGAGUGGGGUGACUGGUGCAACGUCAACGGCGCCGGCUUCGGCGUCCGCCCCACGGCCGACACGGGCGACAGCCAGACCGACGCCUUCGUCUGGGGCAAGCCCGGCGGCGAGUCGGACGGCACCUCGGACUCGAGCGCCACCCGCUACGACAGCUUCUGCGGCAAGGACGACGCCUACAAGCCCGCCCCCGAGGCUGGCACCUGGAACCAGGCCUACUUCGAGAUGCUGGUCAAGAACGCCAAGCCCGCCUUCUAA